UGAAAUUGAAAUUUCAUGGACUUCAUGUUGUGUUUUAAUUUAUACAGUUAUACUCCUGGCUUGUGGAUUGAAGAGGUAGGUGGUAUGAAGAUUAGUGAUUAUGAAUUACCAAAGACAACAACACUCCUAUUGGUUGGUCCUGGAGGAUCUGGGAAAAGCAGUCUUGUAAAUAGAAUUUCAAAGGUCUUUGAAAAUGACAAAUUUGCACCAUUAAGAGCCCAGAUAUCAUAUAAUUCACCUGUUGGAGAGGGGACCUACUUUCUCCAAGAAUAUAUGAUUCCAAGAGGUUCUACUUCCUUUUGUCUGUAUGACACACGCAGUUUGUCGGAAAACUCAUCUGAGAACUUUGAAAUGAUAAAGAAUUKGAUGACAAAAGGUGUUCGGCAUGGAGAACUGGUUACCAGGUGUUUUGAUGAUUCAAGUGUGAGAAAGAGUAUGAUGUGUAAAGCACAGCAGAUUGGGUGCUACUCCAGUGUGGUGAGGAGGGUUGACUUUGUUAUAUUUGUUGUCAAUGCAUUAUCAGUUCUACAAUCUACAGGAAAUGAUCAUGACCAUAAAAGUUACAAGGACAUCCUUGCUAAUUCUUUCAGCUGCCCAUACCUCUCGUUCAAAGAUGACAAGCCUGUUGUUGUCGUCACACAUGGUGAUUUACUUACGAUUUAUCAACGUGCUCUUGUUCGCAUCAAGUUGGGAGAGUUGCUGGGUAUUCCCCCAGAUAAACAAAUCUUUGACAUCCCAGGGAACUGUGACCCUGCCACCGAAUUGGCAAUAGUGGAAAUGUUGCGUUAUUCCCUUGAGCAUGCUGACAGAAAUCUUCCUUGUAAAAGAUGGGUUGUAGAUAAGGUUUUGAGAAUGUUGCUAGUGAUGUGUCUGGCUUGUCUUUUGUUGUUGUCAUUAUGGAACACUGCUCCUAGCUUGAGAACCUGCAAGAAUUACAUCUUCACAGAAGAUAUCCAUAUUGAUUGGUAUUCUAUCCGACACAUAUGGUGAGGUUGAGACGGAUGUUUUUCUGUAUGUGUUCUGUCUUAAAAUGUGCAGAGGCAAGAACUCUUUUAUUCAUGUAAAUAUCAUGUAGUCUGGAUCUGGAAUCUGUUUAAUAACCAAAGAAUUAUAUCUUCAAGUGACAUUAUUUAAUCGAAUAUGUUAUAAAUUGUAAGACCGGCAUUACCUCUGA